CGCUCGCUUCGAACGGAUUUUCUUACGUCUCUUACGUACCAUUCUUUUCUUCUACAGGACAUAGCUAGUUGCCCAACUCUCGAGACGAAACAAAUUGCGCUUAGAAAAUUUCCUUGGCGAGUCCGUCAGUUCUUGCGUUCUUCUCUACACAAGUUGUACUCAGAAUCCAUUACACCCACAUCUCACACACCAACCAACAAGAUCCCCCCAAUGCUAGCCCGGCUCUCGAGAAAACGAAACGAAUUAUGCUUGGAAAAUUUCCUUGGCGAGUCCCGUCCAUCCGUCCUUCCUUCCGCCUCCACAGAAGUCAUACCCUUCUCCACCUACACCCACAUCUCACACACCAACCAACAAGAUCCCAUCCCCAAUCCUCCAAUCCACCCACCUUCCAAGACACCCCCCGCCGAACCUGCCCAAACCGGCAUCUCCCUCCCACCCGUCGAUCACUGCACUAAAGGAUUGGCAAAGCAAGCUUUCGGCCUAGAACGCGCCGACGUACCAAGCGGCUGGGACCGUCUUGUCGAAUCGCUCAAACCGUUCAAGAGGGGGGGAUAUGCGAGGGUGGGGAGGGGUGAAUACUUGGGGCUUGGCUUUGCCCGUUUUGGGGACGGGGCUGGCUUGGCGGGAGGUGGGUUUGGGGGGUUAAGGGUUUGGGAGGAUUGCUGAGAGCGGUGCGGGUAUGUGCUACAUACGUGGGAAAGGGAAGGAUAGUAACUGACCGACUGACUGCAGACCACAUAAUCUAGGUCGUUCGCAUGUCAGGUA